GUUUCUUAAAAAUUAAUUCAAUAUUAGACUCAAGUGGACAGCCGCAAUACCGCCAACGACUCAGCAAACGCCGCAACAGCAACACCAACAGUACGCCGAUCAAUUUCAACAAAACUGUUGCUGCGUGAGUGAUAUACCCUCCAACAACAUACAUACAUACGACGUCGUCACGAACAAUAACGUCAUGUAUGAAAAUUCCUGUUCAUAUCAGACAGCGCUCGAUCUAAAGCGUGUCUCACCGCCCACACUGGCGCAAGUGAAGACCGAAGAUUGUUUGACACUCGGCCAAUGUUCACCGGAUUGGUCAACAUAUCGCUUCCAUCAAUCCACAUUCGAGCAGUUGAAGCAGAGCGUUGAGAAGGCGAAAGCGGCGCUGCAGGAUCGUAGCGGAUUUUUUGGUGCUUCCAGUGCAUUUAGCGACAUCUAUUCAACGCAACGACUCAGCGACACACUCGGCGAUACGCUGCCCAAUGUGCAACCGACCAAUAGCAGUAACUGCAUUGGGCUGGUGCACAACACCGGCGGCAUAAGUGGCAAUUCAGUGGCGAGCACGCCGAGUUUAGUGCUAAAUGGUAAUUGUAUAACCACCGUCUCAGCGGCCACAACGGGACAACGUUACCGUUUGGACAGCCUACAACCGGUUACGGGUUGUUCACCCGUCUCACAGCAUGGCGUCAUCAGCUCGAGCGGCGGUAGUGUGCCGCCACCGCUAACGCCGGGCGCACUGGAUGCGGUCGGUGUGGUGGAGAGCAAGUCCAGAGGAUUUCCUUGUGAACGAAAAUAA